GGCCAAAGGAUGGUUGGGAAGCGCCUGGAUUAUCUCCCAUUAAAUACUUGCUGGAUGAAUAAGCUGCUGGUCCUGGGGCCACAGCGACUGUGGUGACGUGAGGGAUGUGCCGGGCUUGGAAACACCUUGCUCCUGCCAGCUGGAGACGUUUUCUCUGGAGGAGGAUGAGCUCACCUGGAUUUUAUUCCCCUCCCAGCCUGGCUUUUGCUCUCUCCCCCCUCGGGAGGUAAUUUUAACCGAGGGAGGCUGGCGCCGGCGAUGGAGCAGCGAGGGACGGACGCAUGGACGGCUGCCUCCCUGCAGGUCUGGAGGGAGACUCUUCUCCAUCUCCCCCUCCCCUCUUUUAACAGCCCUGGGGAGAUCUGGUUUUUGAUGGGGAGGAUGAUGACAGGAGGAAUUUGGAGGCUCAUCCCUGCCCUGUGUGUGUCCCCCCCUGCCUCUGGAAUAACCGUUCCUGCCGGGAUGCUCCUGCACUGGGGCUGAGCCCCUCAAAGGGCCAGUUCUGCCUGGCUUUAGUCUUUAGCACAGGAAGGAAUGUGCCCACUGGAAGGGAUGUGCCCACUGGAAGGGAUGUGCCCACUGGAUUUUUCUUUUCUUUUGCUCAAAGCCACGAGCAUCUCGGUGGGAGAUGCUGGGGAGUGGGCAGAAGGUGCCUUUUUGCCCUCAGAUUUGGAAAUUAUUAUUUAAAUGAUUAAACUGAUAGGCAGGAGAGGAAACUGAGGCCAGCAAAACAGCUGGAGAAGGAAAGGAGCAAAAUCCAGCUUGUUUAGGGCUUCUUGAAGGGUCUGGGAUUUGCAAUGUUUAUUUCCUGCUGGGAUCAGCUGCCGGAUGGGUUGAGCUGCCUGUGGCUCCUGACCUGGUGGACACUGGAACUGUGAGGGACUUUUCUGGACCUUGGGCUGGGAAUGACCAUGAGCACAGGCUCAUGGCAGGGAAACCACUCGAGUGGCUGGAACACAACCCUGGGAAGAGCGGCAGCAAUCCAGCUCCUGGCUCCUCCAGUCGAGCUGGAAAGACCAGCUCAGGGCAAGACCUCGGAUCCACAGGAUCCUGCCUGGCUGAUCCUGUACAGUAUCACAGUCUGCUGCUCACCCAGGGCUGCAGGAUCCUCCUGGAACCCCUCUGGACAUCCUCAUCCUCAUUUCCACGGGUAGGGGCUGAUGCUGUGCCAUGAAGUGCUUUAGCAGGAGCUCCUCAGGGAGAGUUUAACCUUGUGAGUGCAUCCUAUAAUUCACAGCUCUGGAUGAAAACGUUGUGUCAGAGGCAGCAAUGUUGGAUGCUCUGGUGGAUUCAGGGCUUCUGGGAAGACCCUGGUGCCAAAGGUGAAUUUUUUGGCCUCAAGUGCAUUUGGUUUGGCUGCUCAUUGCCCUGAGCCCUCAGGAUUAAUUGCCCCCCAAGGCAAACAGUGAUGGAAGGAGGAAGAAGAGGUUCUUUGGGUGGAGAGGGAAGGUGACACUGGGAUGGAGCCAUCCCUGUCAUCCCAUGUGCAGAAAGCCUGAUCCCUGACGAGAAGAAUCCAUGAGAAACUUUCUCAGGCUCCUGGGUGGUUUCCAUCCCCACCCCUUGGACAAGGAUGUAGCCCUCUUUGAUAAAUUAAUGAGAUAUUAAGAGAGGAACAUGCUCUGGGGAAGGCUUGCACCUCUCUCAGCUCUGCUUUUUCUAGCUGGAGGAGAUGGGGACAGGUGAGGAAACCUCUGGCCCUUCAGAGCUUUCCUUGGAAGCACCUUCCCUGCCAGGGCUUGAUGAGCAGCUGACAGAGAUGAGCUUGUGUCCUCACCUGCAUCACCGUUUCUGGCACUGAAAUGAGCUGAUAUUCCCUCUGGUGUGUGUUUUCCUGGGGAGAGCCGUGGCUCUUAUCACAGCCCGUCCAUCCCAGGGGCACGGGCAGAGGAGCAGAGCUGCUGCCCUGGGGUAGCUGGGAUAACACUGGGCUCUCUCCAGCGGCUGCCUCAUUUAUCCCUGCCUUGGCAUGCAGAUCAGGCAGGGAGCAUUUCUCUGAGAGGCAGCAGCGUUUCUGUGAGUGGUGUGGUUUCUCGGCAGAGCUUUUCCUCCCCCAAACCAUAAGGAUAUGACAGUGCUGGGCUAGGAUGUGCAGUUUGGAAAGUUUUGGGGGAAAAGGUGCCAGAGAUGAAGGAGUAAGGAGCUUUCUCUACACGGGAGGGCAGGAAAGCUGCAUUCCCCUUUCCCUGGAAAAGGGCACCGCUCCAUCUCCAUCUCGUGGGGUCUUCCUGAAAGGCCGAGGGAACAGAGGACGGCAGCGUCGAUCCCGCCGAGCUCCCGCCUGGACCGAGAGGACGGGCCGUGACCAGCCACAAUGAGAGCUCUGGCCCCCGCCUGAUCCCUUUCCUGCUGAUAAAAAUGAUCAACAAGUCUCGAGGGAAGAUACUCGGGGUGCUGGCGCUGUUUCUGGUGAUGGUUUGGUACUCCAUCUACCGGGAAGACAGGUACACACAGCUCUUUUAUUUCCCUGUACAAGAAAACAACAAGACAACGUGUCCCCUUGGGGAGGUGGAAAAGAAAGCGGCGCAGCUCAUCGGGAACUACACGAGGGACCACCCACUGUUCUUGCAGCUGAAGGACUAUUUCUGGGUGAAGACGCCGUCGCUCUACGAGCUGCCCUACGGCACCAAGGGAAGUGAAGACGUCCUGCUGCGCCUGCUGUCCAUCACCCACUACUCCCUGCCCGAGAGCAUCCAGAGCCUCAAGUGCAGGAGGUGUGCCGUGGUGGGCAACGGCCACCGGCUCCGCAACAGCUCCAUGGGGGACACCAUCAACACCUACGACGUGGUGAUCAGGCUGAACAACGCCCCGGUGCACGGUUAUGAGCAGGACGUGGGCUCCAAGACCACCAUGCGCCUCUUCUACCCCGAGUCAGCCCACUUCGACCCCCGGACCGAGAACAACCCCGACACACUGCUGGUGCUCGUGCCCUUCAAGCCCAUGGACUUCCAGUGGAUGGAGGCCAUCCUUAAUGACAAGAAGAGGGUUCGCAAAGGGUUUUGGAAACAGCCCCCACUGAUCUGGGACGCCAACCCGGAGCAAGUGCGCGUCCUCAAUCCCUACUACAUGGAAGUAACUGCUGCUAAACUGCUCAACCUCCCCAUGAAGCAACCACGGAAGGUCAAACAGAAGCCCACCACAGGGCUGCUGGCCAUCACCUUGGCACUGCACUUCUGUGACCUGGUGCACAUCGCGGGCUUUGGCUACCCCGAUUCGGCCAACAAGAAGCAAACCAUCCACUACUACGAGCAGAUCACACUCAAGUCCAUGGCCGUAAGUGUUUGCCCCACAGUUUUGUCCCUGUUGCCCUCAUUUUUCCCCCAGGAGGGGGGAUGGCAGCCCAGGAGAGCAGUGCCAGGAUGUUGAAUGGCAUGGGAGGCUCUUCCUUCUCACUCCCCUCCCAUGAUGAAGGUUGAAGUCCACCUUUGGCUGAUCAUCAUCCAACUUCUCUUGGCAGCCAAAUGUCCUUGGAGGCAUGGAGAGUUGGAUCCAUCACAGUUUAUGUGUGGGCAGAAGAGCUCAUGUUCCGGGGGAUUGGGUGGGGAGGGUUCUGUCCUUGCUUUUGGGGGGCUGAAGUCCCUGCUGGUGGGGUGGGCAAGGUUGGGGGUGGGAAGGGAGGACUGGAAGGAAAAUGUGCGGCCCAGACUCUGGUGUCACCCCUGCUCCCUGUCCUGCAGGCGUCAGAGCACAACGUGUCACAUGAGGCUGUGGCCAUCAAGAGGAUGCUGGAGCUGGGACUCGUCAGGAACCUCACCUACUUCUGAGGG